CAAUCAAUUUGCGAAUUCAUGUACAAAUACUAAUUGAAUGAUGAAUUGAUGUCCUCAUAAUUUCCAUUGUACUUGGUCGAGAUCACUUUAGAUCAGAUCAGCAUAAAUACAUGGAUUAUUUAGAGUGCGUCUUAUUUGCCUAACUGAUUUACAUUAAAUAACUUUCUUAGUAAUAUUAGUUUAUUCCGAUUGCUGAGGGGUGUUUGAUCGGUGGUGUUUUCUUUGUGUAAGUUCUAGUGAAUCACAAGCCGUUUAACAUGGAUGGAAUAAUAGAGGAAAAUAUAUAUGCGGAUUCCAUAAUCUACGAAGAUAAAAAACAUGGUGAAAAACCGCCUAAAGUUCCAGUACCAAAAGAUAAAUACCUCAUCUGUCACAUCGUCUUUUUUCUAAUCGGCGUUUCUCAUUUUCUUCCAAUCUCAUUCCUGGCCUCAGCUAAUAAUUUUUGGCUUUACAAAUUUAGGGACCCAUUAGAUGAAAACACCUCAGCGGAAAAUAGGACAACUUUGCAAACAUAUUUUGCCUCUGCGACUUUAAUAGCUAACACUGUGCCUGCCUUCAUAUUUGGCUUGUUUAAUAUAAUUGGAGGACAUAAAUUCAAAAUAACAAGCCGACUUCUUCUAACUCUUGGAAUUGAACUUAUGGUUUUUACUUUGAUAACCAUUAGUGCUACAAUAAACACUGACAAUCAUCAACUAUUCUACUUUGGGUUAGUUUUACUUGGCUAUUGCACAUUAACUGCGGCCAAUACAGUUAACAUAGUAGCAUCAAUGAUGCUAUUUCCAAGAUUUCCUCAUAAAUACAUGAACACUUGUUUAGCUGGAGAAGGAUCUGUGGGAAUUUUGGGAAAUUUAUUGAAUAUAAUUUCCAUAUCAAUCUUUAAAGAUGACGUCACAAACUCAACUUUGCUCUAUUUUAUUAUUGGCACUGCCAUUCUAUGCUGCACGUGGGUCCUAACUUUCUUUACGAUGAAGUCAGAAUUUUUCAUCCACAGUAUUCAGUCGCUACCAGAAGAUGUCAACAAAACGAUGCCUGGUAAAAAGCAAAUCAUAGAAGUAUUCUCAAAAAUCAAAUUUGCUGUAGUUUUAUUUGCUAUAUUUGUUACUAGCUACGCAGCUACACAUACAGCUGUAACUGCACUCGUAGUUUCAGAGCAGACGGAUACCACAUGGUCUACUAAUUACUUCAGUCCCGUGAUGACGUUCUUCCUAUCGGACGUGUGCAUGCUAGCAGGCCGUUUAAUGGCAUCAGCCAUAACCAUAGAUAUCCCGGAAGGUCCAUUUUUAUUAGUCAGCAUAGUUAGAACGCUUGUUCUAGUACCCCUCAUAUGGCUUUGUAAUGCUCAACCUAGAAAUCAUCUACCAGUUCUAUUUCCCCAUGAUUAUCAAUACGGUAUUAUACUGGCGACAUUUAUGCUUACCAGUGGCCUUAUAUUAAACAUGUCCAUACUGGUGGUUCCAAAGAAAGUAAGCAAAGAAGAUGCUGAUGUAGCUUAUACAUUGAUUGGUUUAAUAAUAAACACGCUCCAAGCACUAACAUCACCUAUAGGUUUAGUUAUUGUUAAUGUUUUGUAGUUAAUUUCUGUUGCUUUUGUUGUUUUUAUAUUUAUACUACUAUUAAAUAGAGGAAACAAAUUAUUACUA